AUGUCACGGAUGCGAGUACAUGCUGGUGGAAAAAGCGAUUGUGUUGGGAACCAUUGGAAGAAACUUUGUCGCAGCGAUGAGUGGGGGAAUUGCCUAUGUGUUCGUGGGGGAAUUGCCUAUGUGUGGAUUUCAAUGAUGCCACCACUGAAGACAUUCUCUUGGUCAAAAUCGAGGAGGUCGCCCAACUCACUUGCUCGGAGCUCGGAAAACAAACACUCACUUAUCGGCAAAAGCAGCAUCAGAAGAUCAUUAAAGUUUUCCUACGCGACUACAAAAGAGUUUUUGUCGAGCAAAAGAAGGAAAAAAAAGAAGCAAGCCGAGUUGGACAAGACCAACAAAGGACAUGAGUCUUCUUUCAGUCGAUAA